AUGGCUGCUUCAACGAAAUCUCUUUGGAUCUCUAUUUUUCUUUUUCUUUUCCUAUCUUCUUCUUUCAAUGCUCAUCUACUAAAAGUCUGUAUGUUCGACGCUAUCUAUCAACUCGGUGAUUCUAUUUCAGACACUGGAAAUCUCAUUCGAGAAAAUCUCAACACUCCUUUUUCUCACCUUCCUUACGGCGAAUCGUUCUUUAACAAUCCCACUGGUCGAUGCUCCAACGGUCUACUUAUGAUCGAUUACUUUGCUUUAGAUGCAGGGCUUCCUUUGGUGAGUCCUUAUUUGAACAAAGAUGCUUUGACAAAUCAUGGAGUCAACUUUGCAGUUGCUGGUUCUACGGCUUUGUCUUCUGAACUUCUUUUCCAAAAGAAAAUAUCUUCUCCAGUUACUAACUCUUCUCUCAGCCAUCAACUUGAUUGGAUGUUCUCUCAUUUCAAUUCCAUUUGUUACAAUCAAAGAGAUUGCAACGAGAAAUUGUACAAUGCUUUAUUCUUGGUGGGUGAGAUUGGCGGCAAUGACUAUAACUAUGCACUCUUCCAAGGCAAAACUAUUCAAGAGGUAAAAGAUAUGGUGCCCGAUGUUGUCCAAUCCAUAAAGUCUGCUGUUGAGAGAGUAAUAAGCUAUGGUGCUACUCGAGUUGUUGUUCCUGGAAACUUUCCAAUUGGAUGUUUCCCCAUCUAU